AUGUUGCAUACUACGGCCAUUUCUUUAUUGCUUUCGAUUGUCUAUGCAAGAAUUUCUGGAGAAGAGAACGUAUCAGCACUGCUACUGACGAAUACAAAUGCGCACAAUCCGGGUAUUUAUAUGCGUCUAAUGCCCACCGGUCUCGCCUAUCUACGAGAAAUUGGCAUGAAAGUAGUGAACGAUGAAAUACUCCGCAUUCAGCUACCGACCAUUACUGAAGUUAUUGAAGCAGGCCAGGUACUGUUUCCUGUCACUAGUUGA